CACAAUAUCAUCCCCACCUGAUUCUCCCUCUCUCUCUCUCUCUUACUUUCUCUCUCUAUACAAAUAACAUUUGCAAUUGCAUAUGUUGUGACUUACCCAAAAUCACAGACCAAAUUGCCCCACAAUUCCCACACAAAAUCAAACCUUUUACUCAUAUAACUUCAUUUACUCCGUGUUAUUUCAUGUUAUUUCUUCACAUUUCUUCAAAAUUUAAUGGUGAAAACUGGCAUUGAAUAAUAAUAAUAAUAAUGAUGCUGCAAAGUUUCAGAAUAUUUGUCCUCUGUUUUCUUCCUCUGUUUUUCUCUGUUUCUCUGUCAUAUGAAGCUCGGAAUCCUGAAGUUGUGGCUUUGAUUUCUUUUAGAAAUGGUUUGAAUGAUCCUCAUGGAGCUUUUAGCAAUUGGGAUGAGGAUUCUGUUGAUCCUUGUAGCUGGGCUAUGAUUACUUGUUCUCCUGAUAAUCUUGUUACUGGCCUUGGAGCUCCAAGCCAGGGGUUAUCAGGAACAUUACCAGGGGUUAUUGCUAAUCUCACAAACCUUCGCCAAGUGUUGUUGCAGAAUAACAACAUCUCCGGCCGAAUUCCGGCCGGGAUAGGCCACCUUCCAAAGCUACAAACACUAGAUCUCUCAAACAACAAGCUAACUAGUCAUGUGCCUGAGUCACUUAGUCAUUUGAGCAACCUGCAAUACCUAAGGUUGAAUAACAACACCUUGUCUGGAGCCAUUCCUUUGUCUUUAGCCUCACUCCCUCAACUAGCACUCUUAGAUUUGUCAAACAACAAUCUCAGUGGUCCUCUUCCCAAGUUUUCAACAAGAACAUUCAAUAUUGUCGGUAAUCCUAUGAUUUGCGGGAGCCAUGCUAAUGAAGGUUGUUACGGGUCAACUUUACCCGAGCCUCUUUCUUUUAAUCUUAAUCCAUCAUCAGGAAAAAAUAAGUCGAAAAAAGUAGUGGUCGCUCUUGGAAUCAGUCUCGGUUGCCUUGUGCUUCUCCUCGCCUCACUUGGAGUUCUCUUGUGGAAACGAGGCCGAAACCAGAAGCAAAGCGUUCUUGAUAUUAAUGAUAUACCGGAAGAGGGUCUAAUGAACUUAGGCAACUUACGAAGCUUCACAUUCAAAGAACUCCAAUACGCAACCGACAAUUUCAACUCGAAAAACAUCCUCGGCGCCGGAGGAUUCGGUAACGUGUACAAAGGAAAACUAGGGGACGGGACAAUGAUCGCAGUCAAACGUUUAAAAGACGUCAACGGGACCGCCGGAGAAUCACAAUUCCGGACAGAAUUGGAGCUCAUUAGCCUCGCGGUUCACCGGAAUUUGCUCCGGUUGAUCGGGUACUGUGCCGCCCCUGUUGAAAGACUACUGGUUUACCCUUUCAUGGCUAAUGGCAGUGUAGCUUCAAGGCUUAGAGGUAAACCGCCGUUGGAUUGGAAUGCGCGAAAAAGAAUUGCAAUUGGAGCCGCGCGCGGUUUAUUAUAUCUACACGAGCAAUGUGACCCGAAAAUUAUCCACCGAGACGUGAAGGCGGCAAAUGUUCUGUUAGACGAGUUCAAUGAGGCGGUGGUGGGUGACUUUGGGCUGGCUAAACUUCUUGACCAUGCUGACUCGCAUGUCACUACUGAGGUUCGUGGUACCGUGGGCCACAUUGCACCGGAAUAUCUGUCUACUGGUCAAUCGUCAGAGAAGACUGAUGUUUUCGGUUUUGGGAUUUUGUUGUUGGAACUGAUAACGGGGAUGAGAGCGUUUGAGUUUGGGAAAACGGCUAAUCAGAAAGGCGCGAUGCUCGAAUGGGUGAAAAAAGCACACCAAGAGAAGAAGGUAGAACUUUUAACCGACAAGGAGCUCGGAACAAACUAUGAUCAGAUCGACGUGCGCGAAAUGCUACAAGUGGCGUUACUUUGUACGCAGUACACCCCGGCCCACAGACCACGGAUGUCGGAGGUGGUUAGGAUGCUAGAGGGGGACGGUCUAGCCGAAAAAUGGGCCGCGACGCAUAACAAUGUAAAUCCCAACACCAUGAGAAAAAAUGGGAUGGUCCAAAAACUUGAUGACAAUGAUGAUGACUAUACAUCAAGCAUGCUUGGAGUGAUGUUGAUGGAUGAUGACCAUGAUCCCCAUGCCAUGGAACUCUCGGGUCCAAGAUGAUUAUCAAAUGUUACAUACCCAAAUAGGAAUCUUGAGAAAAAAAAGUGUUUUGUUUGGUUAUUUUUUAGUGUUUAAAGGGUUAUGGAAAAAAAUUGGAUGUAUAUUUGGUAAAUAGGUUUGAUUUUUUUUUUAAUUUUAUUAUGUCUAGAUGUUAGGGUCUAAUUUAUUUUUCAAAAUAUUACGUGUAGGAAAAGUUACUAGUGAAGUUUGUUCAUUUAAAGUUCUAGUAGCAUAGCAUAGAAUGCAUAUCUUUUGGAUUGUAAUGUGAAACUUUCGUUGAACCA